UGCUAAUGUGCCAGUAUUAGCUCGCUAGCACGACGCUACAUGAUUAAACCACAGAGUUAAACAUGUUCACGGUUAAAUACACUGUUGUUUGUGGAUGCAUGCGAGCGGAAACGUCUCUGUCCCGGAACACUCACAUGGAAAAUGGGAUUCGCUGACUGCAACUUCGCCAUGGAGUCGAGAACAGGGAGUGUGUCGUCUGGCCUGGGGAGCCGCGCUGGUGCGAGAGGGCAGAGUGUGAAAAUUAGCCCUUUUUGCCAGCGCUCCUCCAGCAAGAUGACACAGUCCAUCGUCAGAGACCACAUGGUGUCUCAUUACAAAAAGGUUUACUCAGCUAAAGCUGCCGUUGAUGUUUCAGUUCCCAAAAGCAUAACAUUUAGUGUAAAAUACAACGACCAGAUCAGGCAGGAUCGCUUGAGGAAAGGGGGCCGUCCUCAGUCAGCCCAUUCGCUCUCACAGAGGAGUAGCAGAGCCUCCUCCUCCUCGUCCCAGAGUACAUUAUCCAUGCAGUAUGAUGACAACCCGUACCUCUGCUUGAGGAGCUCCAUGGUCUCCAGUCCGAGGUUCGACACCUCCUUUCAUGCCAAGGAGAUUGUUUAUCGGUCAAGUAAACAGGACUUUUCUCAUCACGCUCGCCCGGCAUCAGAAUUUAAGUUCCGCAGCCCGGAGUCGGCUUUGCACAGAAAGCACUCGGCAUGUUUGCUGGACGCCUCAGGAGGUCAGAGUUGCUACCAGACUUUCCAGGACCCUAUCCAGAAGACAUACAGUGGAGAUAUACUCCUGAAACACUCACAUCACUUUACCCAGGAAAAACCUUUCACCCCCAAGACCCUGAAGUCAGAGAAGAGUUCAUAUCUGGAAAAAUAUCGCUACUACAGAUCACCACGAAGGAAGAUCACUCAGGACAGCACCAGCUCCAAGUCGAUGCGACAGGAGACGAAUCACAGAAGCACAAAAACCAAGGAAUACACUCAGGACUUUGAUGAGCCAUCUCAGGGAUUUACUACAGAACAUGACUGGUCUGAGGAUGAGUUCAAUGGCACAUAUCUAUCAGAAUCAAGACAACAGAGUCAACUAAACAAGAGCAGAGAGCGUUAUUUAUUCAACUCCUCAUCCAGGUUCUCACAGGAGUGCGUGAAAUCUCCAAUGAUGAAGAAAAUAUCUGCGGAAGAAGAAGAACUAAUGUACCUCGAGUUUAUUUCUGCUGUAACAGAGGACAUCUUGUCCAGGGGGCAUAUCUCCGACAGGGUCCUAGAUCGGGUGACGAUGCACCAUAUCGAAAUGAAUCGCCAUCAGCUUGAUGUUGGUAAAAUGCGCCACCUUCUGGUAGUGCUGCGUAAAGACUUUGAAGAGCCAGCCACCACAUCCACCUCCACUGCAGAGCUCGAAAAGAAGGAGAACGGUCUGCUCGACUCACUCCUGCCAUAUCUGGAAUCAGGGAGGAAACAAGCGAAGACCAAAGACAGCGACAGGCUCCCCUAUGCGUCACUGAUCAAAAUCAGUGAUUCACUCGAUUACACUGAUGCCUUUGCGGUGCCUGCAACGUUACGUUCUCCCGAGAGGACUGCUUCACCAACAAAAACAAAUGAAACGGACAAGGAGGAGGAUGAUCAGGAACAGUGCACUGGCUCUGAGAAUGUUUCAGGUGUCAGUGAAGAGGUCGUCCAACACAAUCAAACAGACACGACUGCAACAAAUGAAAAAAUCAGCAAUGAAAACCAUGAGAAAACCACUAUCACCAGCGAUGAAGAAUUUCAUCGAGACCAAGCUGAGGUCAGUCACGAUGAUGAUGGACAAUCGAAAGAGCUCGAAGAUCUGGGAAGACGUUUGUCCGAGUCACUUCACGUGUCCAGCAACACAAACUCUCAUGACCCUGACGCUGCCAAUGAGCAGCACGAAAAUACGGUAGCUUCUGUCAGCGAUGAUGAGUUCUGAGUUUUGCUGCGUUCAGGGAUUGAAAGUUCUUUAAUGUUUUUAUUACCAGAGGAGAUAAACGUAAUAUUUAAUUAUCCUGAGAGAAUAGUUUUGUACAUGUGAUUUUUACACUGCUUGAGUUUACAAAGCCCAGGCAAAGAGGCGUUGUAUUUAGUUUGUCUGCUUUUCUGAAAUAUUCACGUAAGAAAACAAGAGUUCUGCAAUAAAAUCUGCACCGUUAUUAUCUUAUUUGGGAUAGAAGUCCAUUUCAUUUCCAAAGUAAUGCUGUCAACAUUUUCUAAACUAUUGCUGCGUGAAACUAGCGUGAUGUGUGACAGCCUGUAGCACUACACUGACGUCAGAUGUGUGGAAUUAACUGGAUGAAUUAGUGGCAUCCUUUAGUUUGAGUGGUUUGCAGUGUUAACGAUCCAGUGUGUUAUUAGAUGAAAGGGAUCUUUAGGCAGAAAUUUAGUUAAAAAUAAUCCUUGUGUUGUUUAAAUACUUUUUAUCUAAAUUGUACAAUUGUCAUUUUCGUUACAUUACAAUGGGCACCAUAUAUUUAAAAAUGUAUCAUUUACAUUGGGAGUGGGUCCUCUUUACGGAGGCUGCCAUGUUUUUUACAGUAGUCCAACAAACUAAAGACCUUUUGAGUUUUUAAAACAACUGAAGUCUACCAAAUGUUCUCUUGCAUGUUUGGAAGGGGAGGAUGCGGGAUUUUUUUCCAGCUGCAACUUGCAACUUCACCACUAGAUGUCACUAAAUUCUACACACUGAACCUUUAAGUCUUAAGCAUGUUGCAGCUGCAUUUUUACUAUGAAUAAACUUCUGAUUGUAUUCCAGCCUGGUUUCACUUGACUUCUGACAUGUAGCAGACUGUCACCAGAAAGUGUCUUUACAGUUGCAAUAAAUAUUAUAUUGUUCUGA